CCAAAAUGCCCAAAUGUAUCACCAAUGGAGGUUGAUUUGCAUCUGGGAAAUUGUGCAAAGACUUCUAACCAAGGAUCUCAAAAAAUUCUCUAAGGGAAAGUAACUACCAUAAUGGCUGAGGGAGGUCGAAGGAGAAGUGCUAGAUUAUUAGCCCUUGAAGAAAAGAAAAACAAAAAAGAAGCACAUGUAUCAAUGGAUCUUGUGCAGGCAACAAGUGAUGGCCAAGAAAGAAUGCAAAAAAGAGGUAGAAAGUUAGAGACAGCUAAAAUUUAUGAGGAAGCACAAUAUCCACAACAAGUUCUUCCAACCCAUCAUGCAAUCAAUAAUUCUACAUUACGAAAAUGUGAAAGUGAAAUUAUCGAAUGUAUUCUUAACCUGAUCCAAGCAAAAGAUGGAAAAAACCUUUUCUAUUUGCCAAAAGACUUCCAGAUUAAAAAGAAAACAGUGAGAAAACCUGAUAACUUUGCAACAAUAAGGGCUAAAUUCCAGGAAGGAAUCUACCGCUCACUUAAGAACUUUGAGGCUGAUAUUUAUUCAGUAUUUCACAAGGCAAAAUCUAAUGCCCCAGAUGCUACGACUUUCCAGAAGGCAGAAGAAUUGAAAAUGGAAGUAAAGCUUGCUCUUGAAUGUCUAAAAAACAAUAAGACAAGUUGUGAGAAACUCUCAGAAUGGAGCCAAAGAUAUUUCAAUACUGCCGAGGAAGUAAGAAAAGAUGGCAAUCUCAGUACUUUGAUUAAGGCUGCCAAGCCACAGCAUCCACAAGAUUCUGUAGAAUGUUCUAAUCCUUGUACAGAGGAACGAAGGUAUACAUACCAGCCUGGGAACGAUUCUAGUGAGCCAAUAGUUUCAAUGGUUUACAAACAAGCGGUGCAGCUUGUUUAUAACAAAAAUGGUCCAAGCUAUGAAGAAAGCUUGACAAAUUAUGUAAAGGAUGCUGGCCAUCAAGCAGAGCAGGCAGCAGAGCAUACCUCUCAGGAAUAUGCUCAAUGCAAAGAGGCCCAAUCUAUGCCCUUUCACUGGACACCAUACACAUCAAGUGACACUACUAGCUUCUUCCCCCAGUUUGCCAGCUGUUCGAGCAACCCUAGCUUUAGCAGAAGUGCUGCUGCUGACAUUGCUGCAAGAGAUACGCACUUCUCUCCAACUGCUGCCACAAUUUCCACAAUAACCAGUGGCCAGCCUUUUCCUUCUGCUGGUACCAAUGAGAAAUUGGGGUUAGACCUCAACGAAGGACCUAGCUGCAAGUUGGAGACUGAUGAGCUACUCAGAACAUUCUCUCAGAUUGGCAUGGCAGAAUUCUCAAAGAGAAAUGAGAACAUACUGACAUCAACUGCAAGCCAAAUUAUGGAACCAAACCAAAGCUUCAGUCCAUUUCUUAAUGGUGAAAAGGAUUGUGCUAUGACUACAGCCACACCAAGCUAUACCAUUGCCAGCCCAAUGUCUCACUUAGGACAAUAUGUAAGGUGGGAACCAGCUAGAAGGAUGUCUAUCUAUGACAUACUAUUCUUGCAGUCACAACGUGGUGAUGGUGACUCUGAAAAACUGGAACAGAAUGGUUUGGCAGGUCCAAAACCCAAUCCACAUUUGGUUCCACAUGCAUCAUCUUCUGGAUAUUUUAGCUUCAGAGAGUACACUAGGUCUGACCCAAAAUCAUCAAAACAAAAGGGAUUGGCAGUUUCUGAACCCAGGGGACACUUGGCUCCAACAGGAUCAUCUUCUGGCAAUCAUGGCUUUGGUCCUUAUGUUAGCACCAGUAGCACAUUUAAUCCAAGAACCCUGAACUUGUUCAAGUAGAGUUUCUGUUUGUGCACAACUUUGUGUUUGAUUUCAGACCAGUUUGCAUAAAAAAUAAGCUUUCUUUUGCUCCUUUCUUUUACUGUAAUAGUUCAUUGUAUCCCAAGAACAGUUUUUUGUCCUUUGUUCUCAUGUUUGUAGGCUGAAUAAUAAUGAUCAUUUAGUUAUCUUGCUACUUCUGUUAACCAUGUAAGGAUACAAAUGACAUUUGAGAUCUAAUAUGUUGGCAUUUAUUUCCAGGAUACCAGAGAACUUAGUCUCAUGCAUACACUUCCAGCAACAAUUUUCUUGAAGAAUUACUUUUAUAUACUAUCUUAUAGGAAUGCUUGGUCUAAUAAUCAUUACUAUGUUAUCAAACUUUCUAGAGUCUAAAGCAUCCUUAAUCACAAGAGUUAACCUCAAUAAUGUACCAUGGCCGAAGAAGCCAAAGCUGGAACAUGUCUACAAGGGGGGAUGAAAUCAACAAAUAGAUUCUACAUCAUUUACAUUUCAAACUAACAAAGAGGGAGGAAAAAAAGGACUGCAAAGGAUCUGAUGCAAGACAACAAGCUCUGAUACCAAGCUGACACAGGACAGAAGAAGACAAGGAGAGAGAAGAAGAGGAGGGAAGAAAAGAGGAGG